UCGGCUUUCAGAGAUGGGCAUUUCUUAAGGGAAACAGCACGACGAUACUUUUAACACAAAUGACAGUGUGCAUUAAAGAAAACAGUACUUCGCAAUAGCUACAGGACAUGUCAGAAAGCUCUUCGGGCGCUGUAUGCAGUGACAGUUUGCCCAAGUCGAAUUAUUCAGCCUACUCUAAUCUAAGUGAUUCCAACAAUACUCCACUGCCGGUGGUAUCAUCAAGAAACCGAGGAACAGAAGAACAGAGCCCUGAUUCAGGCAUAGCGUCACCGUUGCCAUCUAACAAAUUCAAGUUUACAACUUGGCACAAUUUAGAGGGCCAUGAUAUCACCGGUGCUCAGCUAAACAGCCCUAGAGUCAGGGAAGGUCCGUCUGAAUCAGAACUAUUUCUGAGAGGAGAAGAAAACUAUUUAAUUGGAAAAAGGGAAACAGAAGAGAAAGACAAAUGGGAGAGCAGGCUAAAAGAGAACUGGGAAAACUGUGUGGAAUUGAACCUUUCAUAUCAAGAUCUUGGAGAUUCUUACCAGUUGGAGAAUUUUAAGAGAAUUCUUCGGCGAUUAAUUCGAGUGGAGAGACUUCACUUAGUGGACAACUCCUUGAAGGACUUGAGUUCUAUUAGAUUGCCAAGAUGCAAAAGACUAAAUCUGAACAAAAACCAUUUAACAUCCAUCAGACAUCUGCCAAAGAUCCCUCAAAUACAGCACUUGUCAUUGGCUGAAAAUAACAUCAGGACUUUGUGCGAUUUGUCAGAACUGGGGACAACACCUCUGGAAUCUCUUACAUUGAAAAGAAAUCCAUGUGAAUUUCAAGAGAAUUACAGAUUGAAAGUGUUCUCUAGUUUGCCAAACCUGAAACUUCUUGAUGGAAUCCCAAAGCUGCCAGCAGACUGUGCACCACUGCAAUCUACUGACACGUCCAGAAUGUGUACGAUUUUAUAGCACACAGCACUAGGAAUGUACAAAAAAAACACUUGCAUACUUUAUAUCUCAAUAGCCUUAUCAGUUUAAAGUGUUAUUGGUCAAAUUUGGUUUGAAUAGGAUCUUCAAUUAACGGGCAAGAGUUCGUCUUGUUCUCUUUCUUAAUUUUGCUGUCUUUAAUGGGAAAAACAUAUAUUAAGAAUGCAUAGCUAUUGGGAAUUUUUUUUUUAACUGAAGUUUUGCUUGAAAGUUAUCAGGGGUAUCCAAUAACAUCUUAAGAGUGUAGUAUUUAUUUUAUACCAAUGUGGUAAAAUAACAACAUGCCACUCACAU